AUGACUGUUAACACAACCAAAAUCGACGCCCCGUUUCAUGAAGCUGUAGGCGCUUUAAUGCACUUGAUGACCGCGACACUACCGGAAAUUGUCUUUGCUGUGAGUUACGUUUCGCGCUUCAUGGAAAACCCCCAAGUCGAGCAUCGGAUGGCGGUCAAGCGCAUUUUGCGAUACUUUCAAGGGACUAAGCCGCACGGCAUCUGUUUCAAGUCUGAUGACAAGAUAGACUUCUGCGGCUACUCGGAUGCAGACUGGGCCGGCGACCAUGCAGACCGCAAGUCGACUUCGGGAUAUGCGUUCAUCCUGAUGGGUGCUCCGGUGAGCUGGGGAAGCAUAAAGCAGUCAAAAGGCAAGUGGGUGCAUCGAUUGCUGUGCGAGAUUCUGGAUGCCGCAGAGUACAAGUCUGGACCCGAGCUCAAGAUCAUGGAAGAUAACCAAUCGUGCAUCAAGAUGACGAACAAUCCUGUGAACCAUGGUCGGGCCAAGCACAUCGACAUCAAGUACCAUCACAUUCGUGAUGAAGUCAAGCGUGGUGAUGUCAAUUUAAAUUACUGUGAGACUACGAUUAUGUUGGCGGACAUCAUGACCAAGGGACUGCCAGGACCGCGUCACAAGGACUUGACGGCAGCGCUCGGCAUACACGCGUGUUUGCAUUGA